GCUCGACCCCAUUGGCCAUGCUGCUGUCAAUCAUAAAGCAAUGCCACAGGAUAGAUUAGGCACCAUUUGCCACAACUAAAUAGUUACCUUGUACAUCAAGUAGGAAGAUUUUUUUAAUUGAAAGCCCACCGCGGUCGGCAGAGAGUUACUGUUCGUUUUCAUUUAGACCUUUCGUACGUUUUGAAUGCAACAAAGUGUGACGGUUGAAUCUCCCGUCUAAUCAAACAGAUGUGGAUUCACUGCUCGGGAGCUGCCCAGUUAAGGUGAAGGGGAGGGCAGAGGACCCCAGUUCCGCCAGACUGUGGAUGACCUGCAAGUGGAAACAGGACCAUGAUCUGAAGAGGGCACAGCACACCGAACCCCGUUCUUCCUCUCCUCCUUCUCCCUAUCUUUUUUCUUUUUCAUUUUUAAAAAAAAAAAAUAUUUACGUGGUGACGGCCUCCCUGCCCGGCUGCUUCCAACAGUGUCUGCGUGCACGGAAAGGACAAACUGAAAGAGACCAGACAUUUUAAGGAGGAAGAAAAACAACCACAUCCAUCCGUGACCUCUGAUCUUGCCACUCCCCCUUGCCCCUCCCACCACAUCACCGGAAACAUGGGGAGGAAAAAGAUUCAGAUUCAGAGGAUCACCGACGAACGCAACAGACAGGUGACGUUCACCAAGCGGAAGUUCGGUCUGAUGAAGAAGGCGUACGAGCUGAGUGUCCUGUGUGACUGCGAGAUCGCCCUCAUCAUCUUCAACCACUCUAACAAGCUGUUCCAGUACGCCAGCACCGACAUGGACAAGGUCCUGCUCAAGUACACCGAGUACAACGAGCCGCACGAGAGCCGGACCAAUGCCGACAUCAUUGAGGCUCUGAACAAGAAAGAGCACCGGGACUCUGAGAGCCCAGACCCCGAGGAACCAUUCUCCCUCACCCCCCGCACUGAGGAGAAAUACAAAAAAAUUGACGAGGAGUUUGAUAAAAUGAUGCAGAACUAUAGGCUGUCAUCUACAGUCCCACAGCCAACCUUCUCCAUGCCAGUCACCGUGCCAGUAUCCAAUCAGAACGCGGCAGCGGCGGCAGCCCUCCAGUUCAGCAACAACCCUGGCGGCGCCCUGGUCACCACCACCUCCUUUGUCACCUCCACCCUCACAGACCCCCGCCUCCUGUCACCACAGCAACCAGCUCUGCAGAGGAACACUGUGUCGCCAGGGUUACCGCAGCGACCAGCCAGCGCAGGUGCUCUGUUAGGAGGAGAUCUGGGGAAUUCGAACGGAGGCUGCCCGAGUCCAGUCCCUAAUGGCUACAUCAGUGCCAGGGCCUCCCCGGGCCUCCUCUCCGUAUCCAACGGCAACAGCCUGGGGAAAGUAGUCCCGGCUAAGUCUCCGCCUCCGCCCAGCCCUCAGAUGGUCAACAGCCGCAAGCCGGACCUGAGGGUCAUCACCUCGCAGAGCGGCAAGAGCCUCAUGCAGCUGACAGAGGAAGAGCUGGAGUUGGUGAGUGAGAAUGCUCAGCGGCUAGGUGGCUCCCAGGUGGCGCAGUCGCUCACCACACCAGUGGUCUCCGUGGCAACACCCAGUCUCCUAGCGCCCUUCUCCGGCAUGCAAACGGCCUACAACACCGAGUACCAGCUGACGAGUGCAGAUCUCACAGCGCUCCAGACAUUCACACCACCAGGGCUGGUGCCUGGGAACAUGGCUGCCUGGCAACAGCAACCGACGGUCUCCCAUCAACAACAGCAGCAGCAGCAGCAGCAGCAACAGCAACAGUCACAGCAGCUGAGCUUGGCAUCGCUCAGUAACUUGGUCAUGUGGGGUGCAGAGAAACAGAAUGCAGAGAUGGUUAACUGCAUCUCCAAUUUUGCUGCUAACCUGAGGCCGAUGGGCCAGAUACCUCAGGGCGCCGCACUGACAGUCAACACAAACCCCAACAUCAACAUCAAGUCCGAACCUGUCUCACCAAACCGCGACCGCAGCACUCCCAGCUCCACCUGUGGCUCCGGGGGAGGUGGAGGAGCCCAGGGUCAAGUCCAGGGACAAGGUCUCGUAACGGUCGCCUACCCUGGUACCCUGCGCCUGGAAGUGGGAGGUCAGGGCCGCUCACCAGUCGACAGCCUCAGCAGCAACGGCAGUUCGUAUGAGGGCAGCGACCGGGACGACGGCAACCAGGGACGAGGCGGGGGUCAGGACUUCCACCACCAAGUCAGCGCUGGAGCCCAGCAGCCCACCAUGGUCCUCCUGCGGCCCUCUUCGACCGAGCCCCAGGAGCAGGACGGGACCAACGUCAAGAGAAUGAGACUGGAUACCUGGGUCACAUGAAGAGAUGAUCUGAGAUGGAUGGACGGACAGAAGGAGGAUGUAGAUGGAGAUGUGUACUUGUGGCUUGUGUAGAUGCCCCCACCAGCCCUGAUGACCCCAAUCUCCUUCCCCAUGCAUACACACACACACACAUACAUAUAUACUGUAUGUAUGUGUGUGUGUAUAUAUAUACAUACAUAUAUACACACACACACACCUGCCAUCGACCCAGUAAGCUACUGUCCACACAGGAAACGCUGACCUCACACAAGCAUGCUAACACACUCUCAUGUCGCACGUAUAGACACACACUUGUAUGUGCUCACACAUUUGAACUCUAAUGUACUUUCACUCUCACACACAGACAGAACCCCAAGGGGGUUGGGCCACCAAACCAGGGAUUAUUUGUCAAAACAACUACAAUGUUGGACUUUGUUCAGCUGUAUUUGAAUAGAAGUGAAUGAGUAUGUUUUUAAUCAGGCUACAGGGGCUAGUAAAACCCUAAAUUUGGCCGCUCGGACUAUUUCACCUGAUAUGUUGACAGCCACUGGCAGAGCAGACAUAUGUACCAGCUGUGGUUUCCCAGCAUGCCCUGCGUUGGGUUAGCGGCUGGUGGUAUUCUCCCACCCUCAUGUCCUUAUUGUCUGUUUUUCCAUAGUAGGUUUUGGUCAAACACAACUGCACUGCUUUAAGUCAGUGCCACCAAGUGAGUCCACAUCUUUGUACACAUCGGCCCGACCACACUUGUAUUGCUAUAUAGCUCUAGAUUCUUGUUUCUUGUCUUAGAGCCUGGGCCAUUUUGCUCUUUUUAAAGCGUGGAAUUUUGUCCUUCUGUCUUGACUAUUGAUCUUUAGAGUUUGGAUUUGUUUCAGUUUUGAAUAUGAGGACACUAAAAGAAAAACUCGCCUCCCUCCCCAGCCGGUGGCCGUGUCAACAGGCUGGCACUUUGGCCCUGUACAAGACUGACGACCCCGGGGUCUUCAUUUAAUCUGAACCAUGCAGACUAGCUGUAAAACGAGGAACAUGAUUUGUUACCGAGGUAAAAGACUGCUUUUCUUUGAAUCAGGGACGAGCUGCAACAGCUCAAUGACACAUGACGAAGAUACUCCCAGUUUCGCCCACAUCUUGUCAACUACAGAUGCUGAGAAAGGCGUGUGUGUUUGUGUGUGUGUGUUUGGUGUGUAUGUGUGUAUACGGGUUUGUUACCUCAACUGGUUGUUUUUUAACAAAGUGAUUUGGACAAAUGCUCAAUUUCAUCCUUGAACACACCUGCAGUGCACACAGGUGAAAUUAUUUUUGUGAAGCGACUCAUGUUUUGAAUAGAUACCUGAUGUUCAAAGGGGAGAUUCGUGAGGUACCAUGUAUAUAAGCAAUCUGUAACCUUUGUGGCUUUUGUGUGACAGGGAUAUGGUGUUUUGAAGGUUCAAAAAAUAGAUCAUACAAGUAUAUAUUUAAACAGCUUCAGGCGAUAGCAAGGGCAGCUCUGCACCGGGGCAGGAGACUACAAUAGAUGACAGGGAUUGUAUAUAUUAACUAUAUAUUCGGCAGGAUAUCCCUUAACGAAACAGAAAAAAAGCAAACACAUUAAUUCUCAGUGGAUCGGUCUCUUUUUUUUAAUUAUUAUUUAUGCUUGUAUAUAAAGUGUAAUAUGUCGACUAGCCAAGAGAGGGUGCUGUAGAGGCAGAAAGGGAAGAUGUAGCCGUGGUGACUCGGACUGUUUGGACUGGAGUGAGCAAUGGUUAGGACUCUGUCACUGAUGGAGCGCACUUUACCUUAACCCCCACCCCUGACACCUUAACACAUCUGACCCAUGGACACAGAUACUGCACAUGCACACUAGGGUUAGACUGAUAUACCUGGCUGGUUAUAAGGCUUCUGUUAAAAAUCUGAUAUUCAGCAGAUACAAAUACAUUUGUGCACUAUUUAUUAAAUUCUUUAAAUUCUGUUUUGUUGUAGUUUAAUUUAAAUAAUGUAUUACUGUACAUGAACCGAUCAGAGCUCCCCUUACAACUCUUUAUUGUGGCACAGUGGCUGUCUGCCAGAAAUUAAUUGAUCACAGAACAGAAACUGUAAACAUUAAAGCAUAAGAGAAACGAAGUAUAAUUUUUUAUAUAUUUUUUAAUUUAUAUUCAAAAAUGAAUGAAUAAUGAUAAAUAAUUGGCCUACAGUAUAAGCUACUAAAAACAUUUUAGAAGGAGUAUCGCUGAACAUUUAUCAUUCUGUGUGCAUUUUUAGUUUAGUGUCCGGUGAUGGUUUAAAUUACCCUCUAAAAGGUUUUCCACCUUUAAAGUUUUUGCAGAUAUAAUCACUACUUAUUAAGUAUUUUUUUGGCAUAUCCGUGUAUUGAGUAUUUACAGCGUCAGUACAAAAAUGCCAGAAUUAUCUGUCACAAACAUAUCAGUCAAACUCUAGAGCAAACAUACAGAUAGUAUACAGAUAAGUGAGCCAAGGAUGUCCCCUGUCCUCUUUUUUGUUUUAUAGGUUUACCUUUUCCUCCUGUUAAAAGCCAUGUAUGUAUAUUUAAAGGAUCUCUCCUUUCGCCUGUCACUGGUUGGCUGUAGUUUUAUAUUGCGGAGAGGUAAAAAGACUUAUGAAGGUAGAAGGAAUGUGAAGGAUGUCAUUUUUGUAUUCUAUAAAAUUGGCGAGAGUGAUUUCGGGUUUAGUGGGUAGAUUUUAGAGACAUAGUGGUCAAGAGUGCAAAUUCAUGUAUUUAUUUUUUCCUAAAAGCACUCUCAGCCUCCGUCCAUUUGCUUGUUAAAAGCUUUGGAGGCAGAGUUUGAGUAUCGUUUGUCGUUAAGCCGGAGGUUUCAGAACGAGUCUUGAUCUUUUAAUGACUACCUCCCAAAUCCAGCGCAGACUUGUCAACUUUUUACCACAUUCAGCGACCACAUCCGUCUCAUGGGCAGGCCCUCCUCACCUCCAUCUCACCCCUGUCACUCACUCGCUCACUCAGUAUGUUUGUUUUGCUCUCUGAAAGCUUAAUCUCAAACCCCCCCAACCCCCACACACACACUUUCCAUUACACACUACUUUUCUGUUUACUCCGUCCAGACAGCGAGUGUCAGCGCUGAAAUGACAAAUUAGUUUGGGGUCUUUUUCCAUGGGUAACACAACCCCAGCCCCCCCAACCCCCAGCCUCAUCACACACUACUCCCAUCAUCCUCCCCUCGCUUCAUCUCCUUCUGUCACUCAUUCACACGCACUCAUCCGCUCUGUGACAAGUCUUGAGUGUCAAUAUUGCUUUUCUGAGCGUGUGGCAGAGUGAACAUAAAUCCCCUGAGUGUAAACACUUUGACUGUUAAGACUGUUGUACCCUGAGCUUCGAACAAAAAAAAAACCCUGCGUAUAAGUCCGCAAGCCAUAGCUUUGUAAAAAUAAACAAAAUGGCAUCCUUUGCGUCGGGACUCGCAGGAGUUUUGUUAGUCACUGGUCGCAUGAAGCCCUGGCGUGUUCUUUAGAGCAACACUAGGGGUCGCUGAAAUCACAAAACAGAAAGACAAUCGUGCUGAGAAAUAAUUUUAAGAACCUGCAUCCCCCCGAUAAAAUGAUACUUGCUCCUGUAUAAUGAUGUUUAGAAGUCUCACUCACUUUCCAGUGUUAAUUUGUGCUGGUGACAGUCUGUUUUUAAUUGUUCUCUGAGAAUUGAUAUUAUUAUUAUUAUCAUCAUUACGACAGCUUUCACUGACAGUAGCUGUUACGAUGAUAUAGAAAUCUGCGUUUAUUUGUGUAGUUUAGGCAUCUUGUUUUAUUUGGAAUUUGAUUUUAUUUUAUUAUAUAAAAAUAUUCUAUAAAUAUAUUUUUUGUUUUCUCUUUUGGGGAUUUGUUUUCUUUUUUUUUUCUUCAAAAAGGGUAUUACUAAUGUUGCACGAUUUUUGAUGACAUGAAACAACCAACACAAGCGUAGUGAUAUUAGUACACAUGUGGCUGUGGACGGAGGCGCUGAACGAGUUGACUGCGACAAACCGCUUCAGUGCUGCAACUUUGAGUGUAAUGUACAAACCUCUCGGUCCACACAUGCUAACAUGGGUGGGGUGGGGGGGAGGGCAGCGUGACACGUCUAACUUAUUUCUGACCAGACACAAUGAUGUCAAUGCAUGGGCGUUUAAAAACAAGCAAAGAGUGAAUCAUGUUAUAGGAAAUACAAAUGUAAUAUCAACACAAAUAUACAUCACACAGAAAUACAUUUAAGAAAAAAAAAUGAAAUUGAAGAAAAAAGUUUAAAAUAAAUUAUAGCUAAUAUAUUGUGUUCGGCUAGUCUGCUUUUUUGUUGUAAAGAUAAUUUUUUUUGUUGUUUUUGGAGAAUGAUAUACAAUUUGUGUAUAUUUUCAUAAAAAAAGUAUGCACUGAUAUGUUAUUACAAAUUCUAUACUGCUUUUACAAAAAAAGUGUUUGUUAUUGUACCAAAGUAUCCAUUGGUCCCCUCUUACCCGCCUUCCCUUUUUGCGUAUGUUUUACCGUAUUUUAUAUAUUAAAUAGACAAGUUGACCUACAGAAA